AUGCCCGCCGACGAGGCUCCCGACGACGAUGAUAAUGACACUCGUCAGACUUACAACUUCGCUCCUGGCAACCACGGUCUGGUCUACCGCGCAGACGUCCCUGACUUGGGCGCUGGUACCCAACCACAAGACAAAGACAAGACUGCCCUCGUCGAUGGCGCUGCUACGAAAGAGACCCGUUACAAGCUGCAAUCCAUGAAAUGGGGCCUCAUACCCUUCUGGACAAAGAGACAACCAGACUAUGCCAACAUGAUGCGUACCAUCAACUGCAGAGACGACUCUCUCGCCACACAGGGUGGCCUUUGGAACACCAUGAAGCAACGCAAGAGAUGUAUAGUUGUAUGCGAAGGCUUCUACGAAUGGCUCAAGAAGAACAACGGAAAAGAUCGAGUCCCCCACUUUGUAAAGAGAAAGGACGGCCAGCUCAUGUGCUUUGCUGGUCUAUGGGACUGCGUCCAGUACGAGGGUCAGCCUGACAAGCUCUACACCUACACUAUCAUAACGACCGACUCGAACAAACAGCUCAAGUUCUUGCACGAUCGCAUGCCCGUCAUCUUUGACAACGGCUCCGAUGCCCUCAAGACAUGGCUUGAUCCUGCAAGGUCAGAAUGGUCAACAGAAUUGCAGUCCCUUCUCAAGCCCUACCAUGGUGAGCUCGAGUGCUACCAAGUUGACAAGGCUGUCGGCAAAGUCGGUAACAACUCUCCAUCCUUUAUCGUUCCCAUUGACAGCAAAGAAAACAAGAACAAUAUUGCAAAUUUCUUUGGCAACCAGAAAAAGCAGGCUAAGAGUACCAACGAGGAGGAGACAAUCAAGAAGGAGGAAGACGACGUUCGGUCUGCCGCUGGCAAGAUAAAGCAAGAGCCUGGCGAAGAACGCGCUACUGUCAUUGACCCUCAGAACACAGAAGAUAAUGCUCCUCGUCCUCAACCCAGUCACUCUCCGGAAAACAAAGUGUCGACUGCGCUCAAACGCGAACACUCGCCUGAUAAUUCCGAUGAUCAAAGGCCAUCACCAAAAAUCCAGAAGGCAGGGGUCAACUCGAGUGCCACUAGUCGUCCUGCGUCCGGCCGUACUAUGAGAAGCUCCGUCACCAACAAUACUCAAGCUAAGUCACCACCCAAAGCUAAGGAUGGCUCUCAGAAAAUCACCAACUUCUUUGCCAAGUGA